AUGGUGGACGAGUCACAUCAGCUGUUUGAAGGAGAGUCUGUCUCUCUGAGCUGUGAGGAGGACGACAGCUCUGCUGGAUGGACGCUGAGGAGGAACACAACCAGAGAAACCAGGACUCAGUGUGGAUCUGACUGGGGAAGAUCAGCUGGUUCUUCCUGUUACAUCACCCACAAUUUCCCAUUGGACAGUGGAGUUUACUGGUGUGAGUCCAGAGAGGGAGCAACCAGUAACACCAUCAACAUCACUGUCACUGGUGGACCAGUGAUCCUGCAGAGUCCUGUCCUCCCUGUGAUGGAGGGACAUGAUGUCACUCUGCACUGUAAAACAGAGACCCCUCCCUCCAACCUCCCAGCUGGUUUCUAUAAAGAUGGCUCCCUCAUCAGGACUGAGCCUACAGGUCACAUGACCAUCCACCAUGUUAACAAGUCUGAUGAAGGCCUCUACAAGUGUAACAUCAGAGGUCGUGGAGAGUCUCCAUCCAGCUGGAUCUCUGUCACAGGGAAACCCACCACUACACGUCCUCCUACGUCCACCUGUCUAUUUUCAUCACCAGCUCCUCCUCCUCCCUCUGUGAUGCUGUGGUCUGUUCCUCUGUCAUGUGUUCUGGUUCUACUGGUUCUACUGGUUCUACUGGUUCUACUGUUCAGGUGGUGUGUUCAGAGGAAACAUCCAGCUACUAAAGAAGAAGUUGUAGAAAAUGACAUCACAGAGGACAUCACAUACAGUGACAUCAGAAUAUCACAUCAUCAACGGCAGCCAAUCAGACGAAGCAGAGAGACUGAUCCAGCUGCAGUCUCCUCAGCACUGAGAGGACCAGAUGACAUCACUUACGGACAAAUAGCCAUAAGAGGAGAGAGUUUCCAGCAGAUCCAGAGGUCGUCUACUCUUCACUGAGGUAGACCUUCACACCUUCACACCAGUCCAACCACUGAUGUCCAGCUGGCCUGGAACUGGUCCCCAGAGCCCCUCACACCUCAGCACAUUAAUUUAUUAGAUUUCACUGUUAAAGAUAAAUUAGACUCAGGCAGCUACAAAGUAACACAUCUUUAUUUUUAUUUUUCCUUUAUUUAACCAGGAAGUCCCAUUGAGAUUCAGAAUCUCUUUUACAAGAGACACCUUGUCAAGGUAGCAGCCAAAUCACAACAAAUGCAUACACUUAUACACACUUAUACACAAACAGUAACAAAACAGGUUGAUUUUCAAGUGUCCCAAAAAGACAUAUAUAUCCCUUGGAAAGCGACAUAUAUGACUGUUCCCCAUCAUGACAUCUGAGAGAGUUGGCAAGUCCAGCGACAGGCGUACUGGACUUUCAGUAAGUCAGUUGACCCUAAGUCAUGUGACGUUUAACACGUAGUAAACGUUGUGAAACGGUCAUGCUUUGGUUAAGUUUAGGCUACAGGACCACUUGGUUAGGAUUAGGAGAAGAUCUCAGUUUGGGUUAAAAUAAGUAAUAAGUCACGUGACUGAAGUCAAAAAGCUAUUUAACUUUCUCUCACACGGGACUCGAACUUUGGUUUCCAGAGUAAGGGUCCGUAAUUUGCUUCACUCGUCCAUCCACCCCUCAUCAAGACUUUGUCGACCUUUAAAUUACCUGACUUGUUCUGCCACUAGAGGUAACGGCCAAACUAGAACGUAAAUAUGUGUUGUGAGAUAAAUAAUAAGAGACAUAGAUGAACGUUUCUCUGGUGAGGGCGGGCUGGAGAGAGACAGACAGGUCAGAUUUAGUGCAACAAAAAUAAAAUUGUUAUUUAUUGUUUUGUGGGUGAUGUAAUAACUUUACUGCUAUUUAUAUUGGAUUAAUUCUUUUUGUUUCUUGUUGAACAGCAACUUGUUUUUUUUUCUGUUGGAUCAAUAAACUUUGUCUGUCUCGUUCUUGUU